AUGACGAGUGGAUCCACCAACUCGUCUUCCUCGGGAGCGGGUGCAUCGCAAACGCUGACGCUUACAGCCACCGAAGCUUCUCGUACACAAGCUACAGACUCGGAUGGAAUUCUACAUCUACGUCCCGGACCCGGACGGUCUGCCUCCGCGACGACGAGCUCACGCAGGGUAGUCUGGACGCAAGAGACGGUGGACAACGAAGGGUUGGGUCGCAAGAAAUCCAAGAUCUGCUGCAUCUAUCAUAGACCAAAAGCGUUCGAUGAGAGCUCGGACGAGUCAUCGGAUAGCCCCACUGACUCGAGCUCAGACUCGGAUGAGCAUAGUACCGACUCAGACAAGGACGCCCCGAAUUACUCGAAAGCGAUCAAGGAUAAGUUGAAGCAGCCCAACUCGAACGCUCACCAUCCCACUCAUCAUCCUCACGACACGUGUCAGCAUGCACAUUCAAACCACGCUUCGAAAUCGUCCAAACAAAAGUCCAAGCGCAAAGUGCGCUCUUCAGCACGCUCACAGACGAUUACCAAAGAACAGACAGAUGGCCCAACAGAUCAACACCACAGCCACGCAGACAACCAUGCAAAGCCAUUCACUCCCAACGCAUACGAACGUGGCCCACGAUGA